ACAUCCUUUAGUAGAAAUCUGUUGCCACUCAACAUUUGCUCAGAGUUGGACUUUUGAGUAUGGAGUUUUCUUUGCUUUUCAUUGCAGCCACUCUGUUAUUUGGCUCUGUUGCUGCUCAAAAUGAUGCUCUUAUUGGCUUUAAUGGAGAGGAAAGAGAGGCUCUUUAUGCCUUGAAGGAAACUUUCAAUGACUCUUUUCUUAACAGGAACUGGAGUGGAACUCACUGCUACAACAAUCAACCUCCUCUUUGGUAUGGCCUUCAAUGUGUCGAUGGCCGAGUCGUGGCGCUAUCGUUGGAUAGUUUGGGAUUGGUGGGGAAUAUGAAUGUCAAUGCAUUGAACAAGUUCAAUGAGUUGGCUGCAUUGAGCUUGAAGAACAACUCCUUAUCAGGAAACUUAUUCGAUUUCUCUUCCAACCGGAAGCUUAAGAAUGUCGAUCUAUCGUUCAAUGCGUUUAAUGGGACGAUCUCGCUUUCGCUCGUGAGUCUAAAUUCAUUGCAGUCGUUGCAACUUCAGAACAACAGGCUUACAGGUUCAAUCCCUGAACUCAACCAGUCUUCUUUGGGAGUAUUCAAUGUCUCAAACAACAAUCUCAAUGGUUCCAUCGCAAGAACGAAGACUCUUCAAUCGUUUGGACCGGACUCCUACAGUGAUAAUCCUGGCCUCUGCGGUCCACCAACCGAUGUCAUCUGCAGGUCAAUCAUAAAAGGGUCAAAUGACACAGCAGCACCUCCUGAUACUAAAAAUGCCCCUGAUGAUAGUUCUUCUACCAAGUUUCAUCCCACUAUGGUACUAAUUCUUGUUAUUGUUCUUUUUUUCAUUGUUAAUCUAUUGCUUCUCCUUCUCUACCUCAAGAAACAUAGAGAGCUAAAGGAGGUCAUGAAGCAACUAAACACUGUCGAAAUGAGAGAGAAGAAAAAUGAAAAUACAACAGAGAUCUCAUUCCAGAACCAAACGCCUGCAGCAGAUGAAGGAGGGAAACUCAUCUUCAUGGAAGAAGGAGAAAAUUUCCAACUUGGAGAUCUUCUAAAAGCUUCUGCUGAGGGACUAGGCAAGGGGGUAUUUGGGAAUAGUUAUAAGGCUAUGCUAGAAGCUAGGCCACCUAUAGUUGUGAAGCGGCUUAGAGAUUUAAAACCAUUAAGUGUUGAUGAGUUCAUGAAGCAAGUACAACUUAUUGCUAAGCAAAGGCAUCCAAAUCUGCUUCCACUUGUUGCAUAUUUCUACACCAAAGAAGAGAAGCUUUUGCUCUACAAGUAUGCAGAAAGAGGAAACUUGUUUGAUAGAAUCCAUGGAGGGAGAGGCGUGGGCAGAGUUCCAUUCAGGUGGAGUUCACGAUUGAUCGUYGCUCAAGGCGUGGCACGAGCUUUAGAGUUUCUCCAUCUCAAUACCAGGCCAAAUAACAUUGUCCCACAUGGAAACUUGAAAUCUUCAAACGUUCUACUUGGUGAGAAUGAUGAAGUUCUUGUUUCAGAUUAUGGCUUUACUUCUCUUGUGGCCCUCCCUGUUGCAGCACAACACAUGACUUCAUAUAGAUCACCUGAAUAUCAACAAAUGAAGAGAGUGUCAAGGAAAUCAGAUGUUUGGAGCUUUGGCUGCCUUCUUAUUGAACUCUUGACAGGAAAAAUUUCGUCUCACUCAGCACCAGAAGGAUCCCAAGGCAUUAAUUUGUGUGCUUGGGUGAACAGAGCGGUCAGAGAAGAAUGGACAGCAGAGAUAUUUGACUCAGAGAUUGCAUCACAAAGAUCAGCUAUUCCAGGAAUGCUAAAUCUGUUACAAAUAGCAAUUCGUUGCUCCAAUACUUCGCCUGACAAACGACCAGACAUGACUGAAGUAGUAAGAGAGGUAGAAAGCAUCAGGCUCAUUGAAAAUGGAGAGGAAUAUAGCUCCUCAUUCGAUCGAUCAUUAACUGAUGAUUCAAUGUCGACAGUUGGUUCAGGCAUUGCAAUAGAUGAGAGAUGA